AUGGAGAGACGUGCGAAACACGUUGCUGAUAGAUACUUGCCGCGUGACGCCGACGCGGCGGGAUACGCUUUCUCUGCGAUGUAUCUGAGAGUGACCGAGGCGGCGUUCCGUUGCCUGCUGCUCUCCGCCACAUCGGCCGCUCUCGGCCUAUGUUUGCUCACCGGGCUACAACUGCGCUACAUGGGCGCGAACGCACAGACUUUUGCAACUUUGGCACGCAAUAGGUUCAACGACGGCUACGCCUACUUCCCGAUCACCGCGCGGCUCCCGCUGUUUGCUUUGUGUUUCUCCAUUUUCACGUUCUCGAUGUUCUUGCUGAUAGUGGCAUACGUCGCGUGGCCUAGUGCAGUCUUGGCACUUGGUAUAAUCGGAGCGGCGCUCGUUGGGCUUCAGUCCAUCGUCAAGGCGGUGGAGAUGUUUGUUUGCGGGAUCGCGAGGUUGGUGCGCGGAGUGCGUGUGGUAUGCGUACCGGUGGCGGAUGGACUGUGCGGGGAAAGGAAUGCUGUGGUGGAGAUGAUUCAGUUGCGCACUGUAGCCGAUACCGUGCUGCCUGGUCUAUCUACGUACUCCUAG